AUGUGGAACGUGACAUCUAUCUAUCUAUCUAUCUAUCUAUCUAUCUAUCUAUCUAUCUUAUUCUUUGCAAAUUUAUCGACCCAAAUAUUUAAUUCUCGCCAAAUUUACCUUUCUAUCUAUGUCGCUUCAUCUAUCUAUCUAUCUAUCUAUCUAUCUAUCUAUCUAUCUAUCUAUCUAUCUAUCUCCGAAGAGUUAUACACCCUUUGCUUCAUUACUAAUUCCUUUGUAUUCCUAUCGAACACAGUCAGCCAUUCAUUCAAUCUCCGAUCACUUGCCAUUUACGUUCGAGUUCAUUUACUUUUCUUCUGUAUACUCCUCUCUUCCUUUCUUUUUUAUCUCAUUUUCUUCUUUGUUUCUUUUCUUCCUUUGUUUCUUAUUUUCAUUUUUUCUGUCACAUUUUCCUAUCGCUUUUUAUUUCCUUCUUCGAUUUUGAACUGUUUUUUUUUUUUGCAAAAGACCCUUUUCUUGAUUUCCUCAUUAUUUCUCCAUUUGAUUUCGCUUCUUUAUGACCAUUCUUUCUUUUCAAUAUUCUUGUUUUUUUUUCAUAUCUUUUUCUCCUCCUCUACUUCCUCCACAUCCUCCUUAUUCUUCUUCACAUUUUUCCCCAGUCUUUCAUUCGUUGUUUUGUUUUCUUUCUUUUCAAUACUCUCGCGUUUUUUUCUUUUCACCACCUCUUUCUGCAAUUUCUCGCAUUUUUUCUUAUUUCACCCAGAAAGAUGGAAGGAAAUUGCACUAAAUCUAUCUAUACACUGUGCUUCUUUCACUGUGAUUCGUUCGUUCGUUGUUACGUCCGCCCACGGAGAGAGCUUGGUACCUGAUUUUUUACACUUUGUACAAAAUUACUAA